AUGUCCGUGAUGAGAGCAGUGAUUUUCGUAUUUUCAGAUCCAGGUAGAUCUUGCGGAUCUAUAAUUGGAGGAUCGUCACUUCCCGUCGGUUCGUGCGUGGUCCUGACGCGCGAUGGAUCUGUCGGGGCGACAGAGGAGGCUUCUCUGUCCUCCGCGUCUCCUCCUUCGCCACCCUCUUUUGCUCCCCUUCGUCAUCCCCUUCCCGGCAGCGGAACCCCUUCCACCAGAACUCUUCCUCCACCUUCUGUCUCCGCAACUCCUCCGUCUUCUCCCUCCAGCAAAGCGCGUCGUUGUCGCGGACCUCGCGGCCGUCGACAACCUCGUCUUCCGCACCCUUCCCCACUACACCUGAGACUCGCGACCUGCGAGGCCUCCCCUCCACCUGGCUUUCCCGGGUGCUGUCCACCAAUGAUCAGCGACUGUCUUCGUCUCCGCCGCCGACCGAACGGCCCGACUCUCUUUGCUCUUUGCUACCGUUUCCACCACUGUACUGUUAGUACUAUUAGAGAGCAUAAAGACGUUUCGAAUUCGAAUAACGCAAAUGAAUCCGUCGCGUUCGUAGUGGACUGCGGCUUCCAGCGGCAGAGAUUUACUGAUUUAACUCAGUACUCACUUCACUUCACUCGAGUUCCUGCGGCGUUUCUGGAUAGGAGCCUGGCCGGUUUGCCGGCUCGUAUCGUAUCGCUCCACUUUUACUGGGUUGGCUUAACUCCUCUUUUCGUCCUCGUCGCACCUGCACGACUUUACGACCAACACUUGCACUCGCAAGGUGCAAAAGUAAAAGCUACGCGCACCCUUCCGCGCGCAGCCCCGCCCUGCCACCCUGCGUUCCUCAUUUGCGCCCUCUUUUCGCCUCCACAACAGCAUCCGCUCUUCCUCACCUUCCAGACCAACAAUCAACAGGGCUGCCACAGAACGAUGUACUUGAAAAAAGUGGAAAAAGUGACUAAUCUAAGGGGCCGUUCUUAA